AUGACGGCACGUCAGCACCGAGUUGCCACCUCCUUCUUCUUCUUCCUCCUCGUCACCCUCGUUUUCCUCCUCUCGGUCUCAGCAGGGGGCGUGAUGAGUGGAGAGGCGGCGGAGGGACGGCAGUUGUUCAAUUUGAAGCCGAGCAAACUGUUGGUGUUCGGGGACUCGUACGUCGACACUGGAAACAUCAGGAAGGCCAUCUCCCGCUCCUGGAAGUUCCCCUACGGCCUCACCUUUCCCGGAAAACCCACCGGCCGUUUCUCCGACGGCCGCGUUCUCACCGACUACCUUGCAAGGUUCAUCGGGGUGAAGUCGCCGAUCCCAUACAAGUGGAGGAAGAUUGGGUAUAAGUCAGUGAGAUACGGCAUGAAUUUCGCCUACGGCGGGACUGGUGUGUUCGACACCUUGGCUCCGCUGCCCAACAUGACUACCCAGAUCGAUUUCCUUCAACAGAUUCUCACCCAAAACACCUACUCCGCUUGGGACCUCCAGAGCUCCGUCGCCCUCGUCUCCGUCGCCGGCAACGACUACUCCUCUUAUCUCGCCCGAAACGGCUCUCUUCAGGAUCUGCCGGCAUUCAUAUCCCAAGUGGUGAACCAAACGAGCAAGAACCUAAUCCGGCUCCACGGCGCCGGCGUCAAGAAAGUAAUGGUGACGGGGCUCCCUCCCCUUGGAUGCCUGCCGGCCACAACCGCAUCCAACUCAUUUCAACAAUGCGACCAGAGCCUGAAUCAGCUCGUCACCCUCCACAACCUCCUCCUAACCCAAUCCGUCGCCGCCCUCAACAAUGCCACCGGAGGUCCCACCUUCGUCAUGCUCGACAUGUACGGCGCAUUCAUGGCAGCGCUGCAGCCGCCGCCCAACGGCAACAUUAACAACAACAAGUCGGCGCUGAAGCCGUGCUGCGUGGGGACGAGCGCCAGCGACUCGUGCGGGAGCGUGGACGAGGACGGCGGCGGGAGGAAGAGAUACACCGUGUGUCAGGAUCCGGAGGCGGCCUUCUUCUGGGACGGCGUCCACCCGACGCAGGCCGGCUGGCGGGCUGUGUACUCGACUCUCAAAUCGAAUCUUAUGCAGCUUUAA